AUGCCUUCCUAUCAAGAACAUUGUGAAAUGAUGAAGAUUAUAUCCACAUCACUGUUCAUCCAAUUCACAUUAAUAUUCCAAUUGUUGUGUUCUUUAAUAGCUCUGCCAACGGUAGUUGCAGCAAGUUUUUGGUUGUGGAAGUCAAAAAAUGCAAAAUUAUUUCAUAUAAAUGUGAUUAUAAUAUUUCAAGUUCAUCUUUUCGGGUUUUUCAUUCACUUUUACAGUAGAAUAAUUCUCCACGGGCUGGAUCUAUACAAUUACGCGGUAUACGAUUAUUGUGACAUGCCUGCAAGAACAAUUCGAUGUUUUGUAUUCCGAACACAAUAUGUUUUUGGACUUCGAUUAUUAAGCGCCACUACAGUACCUUUUAUUAUCGAAAGAUACAUUGCCACAGUCAGAUCAACAAGUUAUGAGCACUUUGGAUGCACAUUAGGAAUUCUGAUGGCAGCAUUGCAUUCUUUCAAUAGGAUUUUUCUCAACUGUAUACACAUUUUUAAGAUAUUCAUUUGCUGACCCUUUUCAAGAUUAUUGCAUUGGUUUUAGCAUUGGAGUCAUUGGCAGCACGGAAAUUAUUAAUAUGGUGAGCGUUGUAACCCAAAUUAUUGGAAGAAUAUUGUUUGAGUAUAUGUUUCGGAAGAAUGAAAAACUCCGCGCAAAACAAUUAACGUCUACACUUUCGAAUCGAUACUCACUGGAGCAGAACUUGAAAUCUAUGAGAACACUGAAAGUGUUUGCCAAUUUACAAUCGACAUUUCUCAUUUUUCAAUUGUCAACAUUUCUCUUCAUUCUCUAUCUUGGACAGGCGAUUGAAAAAACAACAUAUAUUUCUUUGAUUGAAUUAAAUGCUGGCUACCCAGUUUACGCCAUUGUUUCCAUCGUUAUAAUUUUCCGAAGAAAUCGGUUGAACAAGGUGAAGAUCAUGAAGUCCCUCGCAAAUCACGUCAAUGCUGACCAGAGUAAUUAUUUUAAAAGUUUUAACAAUGUGUGGCAGUGAAA